AGAAGUGAUCACUCAGUGAUCUCAGUGUUUGGGCGAGCGCAAUGAAAGUGCCACCGUGGCCUUAAAAACAAACCCGCAUUAUUAUUCUUGUGUAGCAGUACGUGUUUUUUUUAACCGGCAUUACAGUGUGUUCAAAUGUAAAUACACACUAGCACGCUAUCGGUACACAUGUAACGUAUUCAAGUGUGUUUUAGUGUAAACGUUCAAUCUGGAUCACCACAGAAGGAGCAGAGGGAAGAGAGAGGAGAUCUCCAGAGCAAAACUCCUCCUGUCCAAAAACAACAUGUUCUCCAAAUUCACCUCCAUCCUGCAGCACGCCGUCGAGGCGCUUGCUCCGUCACUGCCAUUGCAAGAGGACUUUGUCUAUCAUUGGAAGGCCAUUACACAUUAUUACAUAGAAACCUCAGACGACAAAGCCCCAGUGACCGACACCAACAUUCCCUCCCACCUGGAGCAGAUGCUGGAUAUUCUGAUCCAGGAGGAGAGGGAGAGGGAGUCAGGAGAGACGGGACCCUGUAUGGAGUAUCUUCUCCAUCACAAGAUCCUGGAGACACUCUACACCCUGGGCAAAGCAGAUUGCCCUCCUGGAAUGAAACAGCAGGUUCUGAGUUUCUACACCAAGCUGUUAGGUCGAAUUCGCCAACCGCUCCUGCCUCACAUCAACGUGCACAGACCUGUACAGGUGAUCAGAAUUACAGUUUUAAACUCUCUUCGCACUUUAAAGAAACUGAUCCGCCUGUGUGGCGAGGUUCUGGCUGCUCCUACAGAGAAUGAAGAGAUCCAGUUUCUGUGUACUGUCUGUGCCAAACUUAAGCAGGACCCUUACCUCAUCAACUUCUUCCUGGAAAACAAGACUAAAAAGUUGGAGGCUGCUAAAGACGGUGGAGCUGGUUUGGUGAAGGAGGAUCCAUGUUCUCCAGAUACAGGACAGAACCAAAACCAAAAUCCCAGUCUGGUCACUUCUACACUAGAAGCAGCAUCCUGUCAAGCCACCAGCCCAGGGGAAGCUAGCCCAUCCUCCGUCCACAGUACACUGCCAAACAACGAUAACUACAACCUAGUCAGCUCCCUUCUUAACCUCACUAAGAGUCCAGAUGGCCGUAUCGUGGUGAAGGCAUGUGAGGGUCUGAUGCUGAUAGUCAGUUUGCCUGAGCCAGCUGCAGCCAAAAGCCUCACAGAGAACACCAAACUCAGUCAACUUCUCACAGAACGGCUGGCACAGUUCUACCGGGCCCUUCCUCAGUCCAUGGACCCUCUUGACAUCGAAACUGUGGAAUCCGUAAACUGGGGGUUGGAUGUGUAUAAUCUAAAGGAAGAUGCUGCUGCUUUUGCUGGCAAACGUGCACUUAUUUCUUUCCUAUCGUGGCUGGACUAUUGUGAUCAGCUCAUCAAAGAGGCACAGAAGACGGCUGCUGCAGUUCUGGCCCGGGCUAUGAGAGAACGGUUCUUUUUUGCCAUAAUGGAGCCUCAGCUAAUGCAAACGUCAGAGGUUGGCAUUCUGACUUCAACAGCCCUGUUAAACAGGAUCAUCAGACAGGUGACAUCAGAGGCCCUGCUUCAGGAGACCGUUUACUUCCUGUUGGGAGAGGAAACAGGGCCAGAGACGCUUCCCGGCAUUACUCAGCAUCCCCUGAGACACAGACUCAUAGAACAUUGUGACCACUUAUCAGAUGAGAUAAGCAUCAUGACUCUACGGCUCUUUGAGCAUCUGCUGCAGAAACCAUGUCAGCACAUUCUGCAGAACCUAGUGCUGCGCUGCUUGGAAGAACGGAACUACAUGGAGAACAAACAGCCAGAGGAGCGUGAAAACAUGGAGAAUGGCCAGCCACAUGAUGCCGUAGAUCUGGAAGAAGACCCGUUGUUCUCCGAUCUUUCCCCUGAUAACAGAAUCUCCAGCCCCGAUUGGUUAAGCUGCUCUCCAUCACCAAGCACAGAACACGCCAAGCCAGAUGGGAAGACGGAGGUUCACAAAAUAGUUAACAGUUUCCUGUGUUUGGUUCCUGAUGAGGCAAAGUCAUCCUAUCAGGUUGAGGGCACAGGCUAUGACACCUACUUGAGAGAUGCACACAGACAGUUUCAAGACUAUUGUGGAGUUUGUCAGAGGUGGAACUGGCGUAGCAGUCCAAAAUCCUUUGAGAAGUGUAAUCUGGACAGUCCUUUUUUCGAGGGACACUUCCUCAAAGUGUUGUUUGACAGAAUGGGACGAAUCCUCGAUCAGCCAUAUGAUGUUAACCUGCAGGUGACGUCUGUGUUGUCUAAGCUGUCUCUGCUGCCUCAUGCUCAUCUUCACGAGUACUUGCUGGAUCCGUACAUUAACCUGGCACCAGGCUGCAGGUCUCUCUUCUCAGUCAUCGUCAGGGUGGUUGGUGACUUGAUGUUGAGGAUUCACCGCAUCCCUGAAUUCACCCCUAAACUCCUGCUGGUGAGGAAAAGACUUCUGGGACUAGAGCCAGAGGGGAUGAGUGUUGAUCAUGUGACGUUGCUCGAAGGGGUCAUUGUUCUGGAGGAAUUUUGCAAAGAGCUUGCUGCUAUCGCGUUUGUGAAGUUCCAUGCAUCCGCCUCCACUUCUCCCGAUCCUCUUGCCCACUGUGCAUAGGAAACAAAUAGAUGAAUAAGUGUGUGUGGG